AGGCGAAGGGUGUACGUUCAUUACGUUAUACGUAGCUUUGGCAGUGCGACAGCCGCCACCAUGUUUCUGGUGGCGUUACCGCCUCAUCCGCCGCUACUACUUCUGCUUGCAAUCUUCAUCGGAACAUCCGUGCAAGCCAUAGACUUAAGCAGAUUGUACGGACACAUCAGCUCAAAAAGAGGUGAUGCCUGUCACCCCUACGAACCGUUCAAAUGUCCAGGCGACGGAAACUGUAUAUCGAUACAGUAUCUCUGCGAUGGUGCCCCGGAUUGUCCAGAUGGAUACGAUGAAGAUUCGCGCCUUUGCACAGCAGCCAAACGGCCGCCCGUGGAAGAAACCGGAAGCUUUCUAAAAUCCCUAUUGGCCAGCCAUGGCCCGAACUAUCUGGAAAAAUUGUUCGGAAGCAAAGCUAGGGAUGCUCUCAAGCCUUUGGGUGGAGUCGACAAAGUCGCCAUAGCACUAUCAGAAUCGCAAACUCUCGACGACUUCGGCGCAGCAUUACACCUGAUGCGCUCCGACUUGGAGCAUCUGCGCGCAGUGUUUAUGGCGGUCGAGAACGGCGACCUUGGAAUGCUCAAGUCGCUCGGCAUCAAGGACUCCGAACUUGGCGACGUGAAGUUCUUCUUGGAAAAGCUGGUCAACACCGGCUUUUUAGACUGAAUUUUACUCGACCCUGCUGCUCAGGUUUUAUUUGCCCAUCCCCUUACUCACAUAAAGAUCAGCAAAAAUUUCUACUCCUACCUUCCCUACUAAAGUACUUAGUACUUUAGUAUUUAGUACUUGGUACUUAGUACUCUCAUAGUUAGUACUUUAGUACUUUGGUACUGAGUACUUUAGUACUUAGUACUUUGGUACUUAGUACUUAGUACUUUAGUACUUGGACCUUUAGUAAUUAGUACUUUAGAAAUGAGUACUGAAGUACUUUAAGUACUUACUAGUUUAGAAUCUAGUCUGUCUAUCUUCUUACCUUGGUACUUAAGUACUUAGUACUUUGGUACUUAAGUACUUUAAGUACUUUAAGUACUUUAGAACUGAGUAGUUUAGUAUUUAGCCUGUCUAUCUUCUGUCUGUUUGUAGGUUUCAGCAGCAGAGUCCAUUUGAUCCGUCCCGUUUAAUUUUUUUGAUUUGAGUCCCUUGAAAAGUAAUUUUGUAUAAUUAGGGUUUGCCCUUUUAACUGUCUCAAAGGGGUACUACCUUAAUAUAUACCAAAAAAUUAAAUUGCCAAUCAAACAGACUUAUGAGAACAUAUCAAUUGAUUCACCAAAGUUUAAUGGAUUAUUAGGAGAUAAAAUAAAAGAAACAAAACUUAUUAAAAACAUAUCAUUAGUAAAUAAGGCGAAGUGAUUCACAUGUUUUCUAUUUCUAUGUAUCUAGAUGUUGCAAUCAUAAAUUAUAUGAAGAUAAUGCGGCACUAAAGUAUUAUAUAAUAUAGUAUAUAAUAAUAUAUAUUAUAUCCAGUUGGAAAAAUGUGGGAUAUAAUAUAAGUAAGUAUUUUGAAUUUGGAAUAAAGGGGUUUAUUGUUAUUAAAUGUUUUUGUACCCAAGUAAGAAAAUCUUUUUAUUUUUAAAAUCUCGAAGUUUUACAAACAUUGCGCAUUUUUGGUGAAUUUUUUGGAUUGACUAAAAAUGCUUUAUAUAAAAUGUGGUGAUGUUUCGUGGUAUAUUAAUAAAAUUGCACUCUAAAAAAACCUCCAAAUGCCUUGUUUGGGCUCAAAAGCACGUCUGCAACUAACCCUAUUUGUUUGCCAAAUAUUAUAUUAUAUGCCCCGAAUUUUUCAAUCACUUAGUUUUAAGUAAAAUUGUUUUGUACACUUUUUUGGUACAAGGUGCAGCCAAAUUGGUGUACAUUGGCCUAGUUAGCAACAACUGGCCGCGAAAUUGAGCAUUUUCCGCCCAAGGGCCUGGCGCUUUUCAAAACGCUUGAAUUCGCCUAAAGUUGUUAAUAACAUUGUGAUCUUUGUAUAUAUCAUUAGGCGAAAAAUUAGGCCAUAUGAUAACGACUUGACACUAUAAGAAUUCAUAUGACCUGAUAGAAUAAAGGUGUGGCGAUUUUCGCAUUUCGUAACUCAGUACACAAUCAUACACGCAAGCAUGGAAAAUAUUUUUAGCGGAUAAGAAGUAUAAUAUACAUAUCAUCUAUAGAGUAUACAAAUAUAUUUUUUCGACUUGUAGUGUUAAUGUUUGAGUUGGGUGUGCGAUACCAACAAAUUAUUUAUCAAUGUUACCUCAAUCAAUUUUUUUUAUUUAGAAAAAUACAUCUUAAUGUGCCCUAAGGGGCCACUACAGAUAAAUAAUAUAUAUACUGUCUCUAUUUAUAUUUCAAUCACUUUUUUAAAAUCUUUGGUUUGAUAUUUUUGCUGUUAAUUUAUUAUAUUUCCUAAUUUUUGUAAUUGUGUAUUUCUUCCUGUUUUGUUAGGUUUACUUCUCCCUUGUUCAGCUUUCAUAUAUUUUUUAGUAGCUGUUUCCAGUUUAAUUUAAGACCCUGAUUACCUUAUUUUGUAUUCUUUAUAAUUUGUAUAUUUCUCUUUUGUUAGCUGUUCCCCAAAAUGGUAUUAUGUAGGUUAAGUUACUUUUCACGUAUGCCAUGUUUAUUUUUGAUGAUAUUUCCUUUUUUAAUUUAUUUAUGUGGGCUGUCCAUGAAAGUUUAAAAUAUAUAUAUUUUAAAUAUAAAAAAGGCUGCUUUCUUAUUCUAUACAUAUCAAAUGUUUUUAUAUUAAUUAAUGUUUGCAUUUAUUAUAAAAUUAUUUGUCAAGG